GCUGCCGCUCGGUCCGACCUGCCGUCCUCCGGGGUGGGAAGUUUGGAGACGACAGACACCGGAGUUAAAGGUCUAACGGUUCACCUAACCGGCUUUACUCCGCCUGCCAAGACCCAGACCACCGAGGGAAGCUGACGGACCGAAGCUCUGCUCAGUAAAUUGAGCCGUUAGGAUGGGACUUUAACGAACAUUUCUCUGCCUCUAUGGAAGCGGAAAACCCGCCCUGUUCUCAGAGAUGCGGCCGGUGACAACAGAGAAGAGAAACAUCACAUCUGCAGAGUUCAGUGGUUGUCCAGCAGCAGACCUGAGGAUCUGAGUCUCUCAAAGAUCUCUGAAGUUUCAUUUCUCUUCUCUGUUCUUUUUGACCUCAGAGAUGUUAAACAGUAAGAAGAGACUUAGCCUUCAGGAUUGCAGUGAUGAAAAUAACAAAUUAAGAAAAAGGAUCCAGAAGAUGCUCGCCUGAUUAAAAGUCUUUAGUAUCUGCGAUUUUUUUUUGGAUGUUGUUGGCCCCCCGUGACGUCCUCCUCCUGCCUGGACGACGUCACAGAUAGCAGCCAAUGUCUGCCGAGAACAGCCCGCCCCUGCCGCCGGCCUCCCCGCGGUCAUUCUCCACCCUCCCUCAGCAUGCGUCCCCACCCACCCCGUCGCCGUCCCCCAGCCCGCCCGCCACCCUCUGCAGCCGGCUGUCCAACGGCAGCCAGACGGCCCCCAGCCCCACCAGCUCCAGAGGGUCCAUCCUCGGGGUCUCCUUCCUGCUGCAGAUAGGACUCACAAGAGAGACGGUUACGCUGGAACCCGGGGACCACUCACUGUCUGCUGUGAGAGAGCUCGUCUGCUCCAUCGUGGACCAGAAGUUCCCUGAAUGUGGAUUUUUUGGGAUGUACGACAAGAUCCUUCUCUUUCGCCAUGACCUGAACUCUGACAACAUCCUGCAGCGUCUGACCUCAGCAGACGAGAUCCACGAAGGAGACCUGGUGGAGGUGGUUCUCUCUGCUCUGGCCACAGCUGAGGACUUCCAGAUCCGACCUCACACGCUCUACGUUCACUCCUACAAGGCGCCGGCCUUCUGUGACGACUGCGGGGAGAUGCUGUGGGGGCUCGUCAGACAAGGCCUCAAAUGUGAAGGAUGUGGACUCAACUACCACAAACGAUGUGCGUUCAAGAUCCCCAACAACUGCACCGGAGUCAGGAAGAGACGACUGUCCAACGUGUCCCUGCCGGGCGCCAUCAUGUCUGUCGCUCGCCCUCCUUCGACGGAGUUCACCCCAGCACCACAGGAGGAGCAGCGCCCCCUCCUGGGCGUCGGAAAGCGUAACUCCCUGCUGAGCGGUCGUCCCAUCUGGAUGGAGAAGAUGGUUCUCAGUCGGGUCAAAGUCCCACACACCUUCUCGGUCCACACCUACACCCGUCCCACCAUCUGCCAGUUCUGUAAGCGUCUGCUGAAGGGCCUCUUCCGCCAGGGCAUGCAGUGCAAAGAUUGUAAAUUUAACUGCCAUAAGAGAUGUGCGGCCAAAGUUCCUCGAGACUGCCUGGGUGAGGUGGACUUUAACGGAGAACCCACCAGUCCCAGCCCAGACUCUGAGACGACGAUGGAGGUCGAUAACUGUGAUGUCAACAGUGACGGCGGUCACAGCAUGGAUGAGCAGGACGAGCUGUCCAACGCCGACGACAAACUCUUCUUCAUCGAGGGUCCGUGCACUGACAGCGAGAAGGAUGACGAGACGCUCCGAGCCAUCAGCCCGUCCACCAGCAGUAACAUCCCUCUGAUGCGAGUGGUUCAGUCCAUCAAACACACGAAGAGGAAAAGCUCCACGGUGGUGAAAGAGGGCUGGAUGGUUCACUACACCAGCAGAGACAACCUGAGGAAGAGGCAUUACUGGAGGCUGGACAGCAAGAGCUUGACUCUGUUUCAGAAUGAAAGUGGAGCCAAGUUUUACAAGGAGAUCCCUCUGUCAGAGAUCCUUCAGGUGGAGCCAGCUCAGGACUUUGGAAACCUUCCCCCGGGCAGUAACCCUCACUGCUUUGAGGUCAUAACAGCCAACAUGGUGUACUACGUCGGGGAGGACACUGGCAGCCCGCACCACAACCCUGUGCUGUCAGCCUCUGGCGUGGGCCGGGACGUCGGUCAGAGCUGGGAGAAGGCCAUUCGGCAGGCGAUGAUGCCUGUAACGCCAAAGGCCAGUGUCGGGACAGGGCCGGGACAAGGGAAGGACCACAAGGAACUCUCCAUCAGCAUAUCAGUGUCCAACUCCCAGAUCCAAGAAAAUGUGGACAUCAGCACAGUCUAUCAGAUCUUUGCUGACGAAGUACUCGGCUCUGGACAGUUUGGGAUUGUCUAUGGAGGUAAACACAGGAAAUCAGGCAGAGACGUAGCGAUAAAAAUCAUUGACAAAAUGCGGUUUCCAACCAAACAGGAGAGCCAGCUGAGGAACGAGGUGGCCAUUCUGCAGAACCUGCACCACCCCGGGAUCGUUAACCUGGAGUGUAUGUUCGAGACACCUGAGCAGGUGUUUGUCGUCAUGGAGAAACUUCAUGGAGACAUGCUGGAGAUGAUUCUAUCGAGCGAGAAGAGCCGACUGCCCGAACGCCUCACCAAGUUCCUGGUCACACAGAUCCUCGUGGCUCUCCGACAUCUUCACUUCAAGAACAUCGUCCACUGUGAUCUGAAGCCUGAGAACGUCCUCCUGGCCUCUGCAGAACCUUUUCCUCAGGUGAAGCUCUGUGACUUUGGUUUUGCUCGAAUCAUCGGCGAGAAGUCAUUCCGGCGCUCGGUGGUCGGCACACCCGCGUACCUGGCGCCUGAAGUUCUUCGCAGCAAAGGCUACAACCGAUCUUUGGACAUGUGGUCUGUGGGAGUCAUCAUCUACGUCAGCCUGAGCGGGACGUUUCCCUUCAACGAAGACGAGGACAUCAAUGACCAGAUCCAGAACGCCGCUUUCAUGUACCCGCCGAACCCCUGGAAGGAGAUCUCAGAGCAGGCCACAGACCUCAUCAACAACCUGCUGCAGGUAAAGAUGAGGAAGCGCUACAGCGUCGACAAGUCACUGAGUCACCCCUGGCUGCAGGACUACCAGACCUGGAUGGACCUCAGGGACUUUGAGACGCGGCGGGGCGAGCGCUACAUCACCCACGAGAGCGACGACGCCCGCUGGGAGGAGUACGCCGAUGAGAGAGGCCUGCACUACCCCAAACACUUCAUCAUGUCGCCAAACCUGGACGACAUGGACGAGGACCCCUAGUGGUGAAAAUGUAGGAUAAGAAUCAUGGACUCGUUCUGCAGCUUUACUUCAGGUCAAAUCUUUUUAAACACAGCUCACCUUUCUACCGCUUUUUUCUACACGCCAAAACCAACGGACCCUUUGAGCCAAAACAUGGAGGGAUUUUUAACAUCUGAUCCUUUUUUCACCUAAAACCGGAGACCUGAACGGUUCUGCUUCUUGAACCUGGUCCAGCAGUGGGAAAGGUUUGGUGCUCGGUGUGACGGUAACUGGAACUAAAGACAAUUAAAGAUGUCUUAAACACAGCCCAGCUUAAAUGUUCUGUACAGUUUAUGUUGAGAUGUCUUUGCACUAUUUGGGAACUUUUUUAAAGGGUGAAUUUCUCUGAUUGUGUCUUAUGGUUCAUCUGCAAACAUAAACUUUAUUCCUCCACUUCUGAAAUACUCUCUGCUACCUUAGAACUGGUUUAAUGGGUAAACUGACUGUCUCUCAUCUGAAUGCAGAAAUGUUGUGAAGAGUUUCUGUUGUGGUCUGCAUAGAAGGGGAGAUGAUAAAAUAACAGAAUAAGCUUAAUUUUUAUCAUGCAAGUUGUUUUUACGGCUUAGUUCUAACAAUCAUGGUCACAUUAAAGACUCAGGAAUUCAAAAACCAGUCUGAUAAAAAUAUUUUCUUCUGUAACACUUCAGCAGAGAAACAAUCAGGUUAUUUGUAGAGACUUUUGGAUGAAGACAAGUGAGAAUGGAGCUGCUAACGUUUUUGUCUUUCUGUGAAAACCUGCCUGAGAAAAACCUGGAUCAGCUGAUCCAAGUCCAGCCUGAGAAUUCAUUCUGACUGUUUUAUAUUUUUACAACAGAUGUUGUCUUUGUCUUUGGAAGGUCUUACUGAUGGGAAAUAUUAAAGCUCAAUGCUUUACUUUUGGAGAA